AUGGGAUGCAUAUGUGGAAAACCCGUAACAAAGCCUUCCAAGCACAAUACUCCAAUUAAAGCUCAUAAGAGAUUCAAUAACACCUCAGAUAACUUAUCAAAGCAGUCUAUUCCGCCAAGACCUUCUGACACAUCUCACGAAUCAGUCGCCUCCUCAGCUCCGUUGCCAAUUCCUCCAGCAUCUAGCGUUCCUAUGGCUUCUCCCAAGUACCAAGCACCCAAAGUUGAAUUCCCACCUCAGCCUGCUCCUAAAAAAGUCGAGACUUUUCCUGUAGGGUCCAUUCCGCUGCCUCCAAUGGCUUUUUAUAAUUUUGAGCACGAUCUAAAAUCAGGCGAUUUCGAAAGAUCGCAUUUAAACGACUGGCAAAGUCUUUUGAAGCAGAACUGCAACUUCAGCUUCGUGAACUUGUACUCAGCGAUUUCUUCAAGCAAUUGUGACAACUUAGCAGUCAAAACCAGUUGGGAUCGGAAAAUGCAUGUUGAUUUAUGUGCAAAAAUUCUUUCAUUGCCACCUCGACAAUGAGUAAAAGAGCAUAUGUAUUUAUUAAAUAAAUCUAGCCAAGCUGCAGGAGAUAUAUCAGGGGUUUCAAUACAGAGGAAAACUUUGCAGAUGGAACAGCACUUUAAAUGGUUCGUGUGGGCCGUCGCAAGCUAUUUGUAUGUGAACUUGGGGAAAAGCUCGAGGCACUUUGGAAAGGAAUUUAUUGAGCUGUCUGGGGUGAAAGAAGAUUUAGGACUCCCGAAGAAAUUUAAAGAGUGGCUUAACGGCUUUAUGUAUAAAAACGUCAGAUUCAAGCUGGUUUAUGCAAGAAGUGAAGAAGGGAGACUUUAUAAGUCAGAAGCUAAAGCUUUGAAGUUGUUUUGUCUUGCUUGUGGGGUAUCACAGAUUUCAAGGUACAACUUAACAUUACCGUUAGUUGUAUAUGUAAAUAUUGGGACUUUUAUAUUAUUUGCAGUACCUUCAUACCCGCCCAACUUUUUGGGGUCUUCGCCAGACAUCACUGUAGACUUGUUUGGGGAUCAAAAUUUCCAGAUUCCGUCCUCAGAGCUCUACAGGCUGAAAUUCGAAUCAGAAGAGCAAAAAAAUAAAGAAACAAAGCCCUGCCUGCUAGUUUACGAUUUAUAUAAGCUAGUUCCAACAGCAAGCACUCCAAGCUACCUUUGUCUUUUUAGCUGUGCAGGACCUGAAAUAAGGAUUUUUGAUACAAAAUAUACAGAUUCUAUACCUAUCAGCCAUAUAGUUAAAGCUAUGUAUGGAGAUGCAGAACACCCAAAUGCCAAAAUAAUGUCGAAUAAGAUAUCUAAAUAUGGAUGGGAUUGCUAUAUUUUUUUUGACGAGAAUCCUGCUAUUAAUAGAAGAAAUCCUGUAGCAAGCCUAUUUGGUGAAGAUAUUUAUGGAGAUGCAGUAGUCAGUUUUCAUAUGUCUGAAAAUUUUUAUUUGCGAUUCCCCAUUUUUGGUGUCAAUGAGCAUGAAAUUUCUAGAGUUAAACGAAGAAGUGUAAGGGAUACAAUUCAUGUUCUCGAAAGCAGCGAAAACUAUACAAACCAUGAGUCCUUAAAAGAGCUGUUCCAUAGAAAAGGCUUAAAUAUGUACUAUGAAUGGGUAGUUUUUUCUAAAACUCGACAUGAGAAAAGCAGAGCAUUGAUAGGAACUGACAUUUUGGCAAGAGCUGUGAAAAAUUUAGUGUGGCAGAAAAUGGCUGAAGAAAGAUUGAUGCCGAUUUCUAAAUAUAAUGAGCUUAUUUUGAACACGAUUUUACCUUUACUUCAUGCACCAAACCAAAAAACUCCUCAGAAUCUUGAGCUUACACUGAUUUUGUUCCUUGGGAGACUUAAAUCUAUGAAGGACUCCAGAAAGAUAAGGAGGAAAUCAGAAAAAAGUGUGAGUAGGUUGAUAGAGCCUGGAAAUCUUAAAAAGAAUAGCUUCGAAUAUUACUUGUCUGAUGAUAUUUUGAAACAAGUGCUAGCCUCAGCUUCAAAGUCUCCUGCACUAUUCUUAGAUGCCAUUCAAUAUCAUUGCUCUGUCUCAAUCAAAGAAGAAACUUUAUACAAAGCAAGAGCUGACGGGUACUUUUUUUUAUGCAACGACCCAGUUUUGCACAUUUCUGACUUAGAAAAUUUGCAUUUAACCAUUUUUACCCAAAUUUCUCUCCGAGAAGAAAACUACAUAAUCCUUCUAAGUUUCCUAGAAAGGGGAGGACCAAAGAGAAAUGAUUCGAAAGAUAUGAUGAAUGACUCUUUUGCAGAUUGGGUAAGUGAAGCCAAUGUUGAGCUUAUAAGCAAAGAAGAAGAGCAUCAGUCUCUUGAGUUAAUUCUGCCUUGCGAUUUAUACAAUAUCCCUGGAAAUUCUUUAUAUAGAGACAAUUAUGACGUUCCUUCUCUUCAAAUCCUUGAAGAAUGGGCCAAUUGUGUAGAAACACUCUUUAGAGAUUUAAUAACAGUAGACGGGGAAGAAACGGCCCUGAUAGAAAUUCUAAUAUAUGUCAUAACCCAACGAUAUUUUCUAGAUAUGGACACAAGCAGAUGCAAUGAGUAUUUACAAAGAAUUGCCAAUUUGAUUAACACUUCAGUUUACACCCCACCAGAGCUUGUAAUUGCUUAUUACUUGUGGAAUGCACUUAUCCAAGAACAGUCAAGCCUGGCCCAGGCUGAGCAGCAUUAUAUCACUUCUCUUAUGCUGAUGACAAAACUUUUUGGGGAUCCCAGAGGAAGAGGAAAUAUAGGAGUCCCAUGGCAGAUUGUGGCGUCUUGGAAAUUGAGUCAAAUUGCAAGAGAUUAGAUUAAGGGUGAGGCGCAGAGGACAUUAUUUUAGAGCUUACCUCUAUUGAGAGUUAGCUUUUGGUUUAUGGUCGCUAAGUGCUAACUCCACCUAACAUCAAUUUUCAGCCCAGCUACCAAAAAUGGUGACGUAGGGUCGUGUGUCAGAGCUCUUAAUCGGUCAGACUUUGGUCUUGUCAGUGCGUUUAGGUUUCCCUGCAGAGGAUGGGACUAGAGAUGAUUGUCUGGUCCUCCUUCUCCCCUCGCUCUUAACUAAAGUCCUAAUGCAACCCUUCGACUGGAGAAGUGCGUCAAUAUAUUGCGUCCUUCGAUUAGGAGUGGUCAGCACAAAAAGCUUUUCCCUAGAGUCUGAGCACACCAAAAACUUACAUCAUAUGCCUAACUUCAAUGAAUCCCACUUAUCAUGGCCUGAAUCAGCAAACAGCACAUCACAGACCUAUACAAUACGCCAUUUAAUUAAGUAUAAUUGCAAGAGAAGAAAGGAGAUAUUUUGAUGCUCAAGCAGCUGACGAACAUUUUGAUGCAGUUUUUAUGAAUACUAAACAGUUUCAGCAGCAGCUAUCAAAAGUGCUUAAAGGCAGAUCUUCAAGGCAAAAUGAAAUAAUGAUGAAGCAUCCUUUUGAGCACUGAAGCAUGAUGUCACCUCAGAGACUUGACAUGGACCCGUUAUAUCCUGAAUCAAAAGAAGUUUAUUUCGCUUGGAUGCUCCAGCACAGCUUGCCAAUGUAUCAGUCUGGAAAAUUAUGAAGCAAUUUACUUACGAAAUGCAUCGUUAAAAAUACCCUGGUUCAGCAGCUAUCAACAAAUUAUUCUUUAGCAAAUCAGCUGACCAGUGGGACAUCGACUCCUUCUUCUCAUAAAGAUACUCGAAGGGCAAUACAACAGAGCUCUCUAACCCAAGUCCUUCUGCCAGAAUAUGGAGCCUUAAACAUGGCUGAAAUGAGAGGAAUAGUUUAUGUGUGGGGAACUGACUCUGCAGGACAGCUUGGGCUUGCUAUAUCUGAAGACGAGUUCGCAGAUCAGGUGGUUUUGCCUUAUCCAAGAAUGAUGACAUCAUUAAAAGACAUAAUCAUCAAAGAGGUCUCUGCAGGUGCUGAGCAUUGUAUUGCAAUUGCGCUUGAUGGGUCCUGCUAUGCCUGGGGUAAUAAUGAAUACGCUCAGCUUGGGUUAGGUCCAGACAUGCCCAAAAUAAUAAGAUACCCAGUGCAUAUAAAGACAAUAGCAAAUAUCACAAAAGCUUCAUGUGGCUAUCAGCAUACAGUGUUUCUGUCAAAUGAUCAUAAGGUUUAUACUGUUGGCUCUGGUGAUGGUGGAGUUCUAGGCCAUGGGAAUACCCACUUAAUAAUGUACCCCAAAAUGAUUCAGAGCUUAAAGAAUACCAAAAUUUUCAGCAUUGAGGUAGGAGCAUUUCAUACUAUUGCUAUAUCAAGAGAAGGACAUUUAUAUGUUUGGGGAAGAGGAGAAGGAGGGCAGCUUGGUCUCCAACAAGAAGAUUUAAUAAAAGUGAUGAAAGACCUUGGAAUUGCUUCAGAAGACCCUUUUAUUCAUACACCCAGAAGAUUAUAUGGAGAACUCGCUAAUAAAAGGAUCAUUCAAGUCGCUUGUGGAGAAGCUCAUACACUGGCUCUUACAGAUAACAAUGAAGUUUAUGGAUGGGGCUGGGGAAGCAAUGGACAGCUUGCUACAGGUGUUAAACAUGACGAUUUUGACGAAGUUGGAAACGUUUCAUGCAUUCAAUACACCCCACUCAAAAUCAACACUUUAGAAGGACUAAAAAUAAGAGAAAUCGCAGCUGGAGGGCUGUUUUCGAUAUUUUUGACUGAAGAGAAUGAGAUUUUAGCUUGUGGAAUGAAUGAUUUCGGCCAGCUAGGACUAGAAAAUCAAGAUAAAGUGCACAAAGAUAUUUCAGUGCCAACCAAGCUUGAUUGCUUCUCUGGCUAUCCAAUUCAUUACCUGGUUUGUGGAGAGAACCAUACAAUUGCAACUUCGGGAGAGCAUGAUAAGAUGACUUGGGCAUGGGGAAGAUGCAAAGAAGGCCAGCUCGGUCUAGGCGAUAUCUCGCAUUUGCCGGCUCCAAGACCUAUACAGUCUUUAAGUUCUUCCCCUGUAUAUAUGCUGGCAUGUGGAAGGAUGCACUCUAUGGCAAUUGUGGGGAAUCCAGGAUAUAUUCCGAGAGCUGAGGAAGAGAUUGAAGGAGAAAUCAAAUGGGAAAUCGUGUAUAUUAAGAUUAAGAUUAAGAUAACACUUUGUUGACCCCCACUUAGCUUAGGACCAACAAUACAAGCUCCUUCCUUCAUGAAUUCCAUCCACUGGCAAACAGCUCUGAACAACGGUAGGUGGAAUCGGCCUAACCGUCAAACCGUUUCUGAUGCCUAUGGCCCGGACGAGUCUCUCUUUGGUUCUUGAAUGUGAUUCAAGAGUAAUUGGGGCUGCCGAGGCAGUCCCAACUCUGAUUUCCUUCAGAAAGUAAGAACUUCCCUCACUAGGAAAAAGUAUAGGGGAGUGACCCCUAACUUAUGCCUUCCAUUUUUAAUUGUAUCGUGUAUAUUAAGUCGUUAAAGGGCUUUUCAUCUUAA